GUCAUCAGGUUAGGGUGCGCGCGCUCAGUGACAGUGCUUUUGCGCCAUGGAUGCGGCUACUCUAACUUACGACACCUUGAGGUUUGCGGAUUUUGAAGACUUUCCAGAAACAGCAGAACCAGUUUGGAUUUUGGGAACAGAGUACAGUGCACUCACAGAUAAAGAUGAGAUCUUUGCAGACGUCACUUCACGACUUUGGUUUACAUACAGGAGGAAUUUCUCUCCUAUUGGAGGCACGGGACCUACUUCAGACAAUGGCUGGGGUUGUAUGUUGCGGUGUGGACAGAUGAUCUUCGCCCAGGCACUUAUCUGCAGACAUUUGGGCCGUGAGUGGAGAUGGGUGAAUCGGAAACAACAGAGGGACGAAUAUUACAACAUUCUGAAUGCAUUCCUUGAUAAAAAAGACAGUUACUACUCUAUUCAUCAAAUAGCUCAAAUGGGAGUGGGAGAAGGCAAGUCAAUCGGACAGUGGUAUGGGCCAAACACUGUAGCACAAGUACUGAAAAAACUGACGUUCUUUGACAACUGGAGCAUGCUCGCGGUACAUGUGGCAAUGGACAACACUGUAAUAAUUGAUGACAUUAAGAUGUUGUGUAAGUCCGAAGCUCCAUGUGCUGGAGCAGCAGCAGCAGCGGAAGCCUUCCCCAAUAUGGAUUUCCAGAGACCGUUCAACGGGUACCCAUCGGGGGCAAAUUCUUCGGAUGACAUGUUACCAUGGAAACCACUGGUGCUACUAAUACCCCUAAGGCUGGGGCUCAGCGAGAUAAAUGAAGCAUAUAUCAAAACAUUAAAGCACUGUUUUAUGUUGCCACAAUCCCUGGGAGUCAUCGGUGGAAAACCCAACAGUGCCCAUUACUUCAUUGGAUACAUAGGAGAAGAACUGAUCUACCUCGACCCACACACCACACAGCCUGUUGUAGAGCCACUUGAGGACUUCUUGAUACAAGAUGAGAGUUUCCAUUGCCAGCACCCUCCCUGUAGAAUGAGGAUAUCUGAUCUGGAUCCCUCCAUUGCAGUGGGUUUUUUCUGCAGCACUGAGGAAGAUUUUAAUGAUUGGUGUAAUAGAAUGCGAAAGAUUUCACAGGAUAAAGAUGCCCUCCUAAUGUUUGAACUGAUGGAACAUCAGACCUCUCGCUUCCCUGACGUUCAUUGUCUCACCCCAGACUUUACAGAUUCGGAAAGACUGGAACGAUUCUUUGACUCUGAAGACGAAGACUUUGAGAUCCUCUCAUUCUAAUAAGAGACAUUUUAAGUUCAGAUUUUCAAGAGCGAAGUGUUUGGUGAUUCUCGUGCUGUUUAGCAUUCUUAAGGGAUGGCGUUUCAGCACGAAGUUCAUAAAUUCACAUUAUUGCCAUCAGUCUCAGCAGGCACGACAGUACAUUGAAAGCUAAAGAUGUUGCUCACACUUUGUUCUGAUUCCACUGAAAAAAGGACACUUCUUUCUUCGACCAAGCCUAGAUGAUCCUCGAAACUCGGCAGUAAACAGUCCGAACUGCUCGUUGCUUUAUGAACACAUUAUAUUUAUCGUCAUCUUUUUGUUUUGAACUUUAACUCUAGUGCCAUGUUUUGCGUAUUGAAAAGUAUGCUGGAGUUUUAAUGCACUAGGCCCACUGUUAGUGGGUGCAGAGCAAUGGAACAGUAGGCCCAUUUGAGCCAACAACAGCAUCGGAUAUAAAAAGGGAAAUAGAUGAGAAUAUAGACAAAUUCUCCCCUCUGAGCCAAAAAACCUGUUCAACCAUCUCUCUCCAGAAUGAAUGGAAUCAACAUAUUAAUCCAGGUUUAAUCCUAACUUGUGUGUGGUGUGACAGAAUAUUGUCAGUACAAGUAAAAUUUAGAGUUUUUUCCUUAAAGAGGA